AUGUCACUCCGCCGCCUCCUACCCCUCUCCGCCGCCGUCUCCGGCAACCUCCGCCGCUCCCUCUCCACCGCCACCUCCUCGCACCCACCAUGGGCCAUCCUUGACUAUUCCUCGCUGGUCGACAGAUCGUCGUCGGCUCCGGGCGCGUGCUUCCGCCCCGUCGCGCCUCCGGGCAUCUCGAGCAUCUCCGCCCCGGCGCACCUCCUCGGCUCCAGGGAACGCCCCGCCCCCUACAGCAACAUCGUACAACUCCUCGGCGGCGACGUUCGCGCGGCCAGCGGCGACGGCCACCUCCUCCUCAACUACUUGGAUGGCCAGGCGGAGGCACCCUGCACCUCCUGGGAUCUAUCCGAGGACAUGGAAAUCCAUCGCUUCGUCUGCAACCCUGUCAGCGGCCAGAUGCUCCGCCUGCCGGACAUCGCUGGCUCGAGGAGUAUCCUUCUGCAGAACCACAUGGGCCUCCUCACCCAGGCCGAUGGCGGGAGCGGGCGCGGGCCGCCUGGCAGGUUCGCCGUGGCCGAGCUCGUCUUCGAUGGCCGCGCUCUCGAGCGCUUUCUCUCGGAUGAAGGGGAGUGGAAGACGGUGUUGAACAGCGUACCAAGCCGGUCGCUUCUCCCGCGCAGGAUGCAGGUGAACCACGAGACGGUUGCCUUCGGCGGCCGCCUGUGGUGGGUCGACUUGACCUUGGGCGUCGUCUCCGUCGACCCGUUCGGCGACCCGCCGGAGAUCUGCGGCAUCCAGCUUCCCAGCGGCAGCGUGCUGCCUGCACGCGUCUCGCCUGCGGAGGGUGGAGAUUUCAGCAAGGCCGAGGAAAAUGUCAAGUUCAUGCUGGAGGUGGCCAAGUACCGCCGCGUUGGGGUCAGUCAGGGGAGGCUGCGGUAUGAUGAGAUCACUCCGGGCGGCCCAUUUCUGCUCAGCUCCUUCGCGCUCGAUGACGAGGCCAGCGCCUGGAAGCUGGAGCAGCAGGUGGAGCUCAGGCUGGUCUUGGCGGAUGGAGGCUACCAGCUGCAGCACAACUCGCCGACGCCACAGAUCGCCGUCCUCGACCCGCUCAACGCCGGCGCCGUCCAUCUCAAGGUCGGCGAGCACGUCGUCGUCGUGGACAUGCACAAUGAGAAGGUGAUUGGGGCCUCUCCGCUUCAAGACGACUACUUUUCUCUGGUACCAUGUGUGCUUCCACCGUGGCUCGGAGCUAGCCGGAUCCCAACAACAGGCAAGAAGGGUGACAUGGAAGCGCCAGAUGAUCUGGUUAUUUGCCUCUAGAAGUGGUGAAUGAAUAUCAAGCUAACAGCGAUUCCUGGAAGUAAUAGUUGCAGGGCAGCAGGCGGUAGUUUGUCGAGCUCUCAUUUUGGAGAAAACCUGGAGAAGGUUGAGUUUAGCGUAGUUUGUCGAUGAUUUAUCUCGUUUUGCGGGAAAUCUGGCAGUCGUUUCAGCAGUCACAUAAUGACAUUUCAGUAGAACUAAAUUAAACCAGCAUGUAACGACUACCCCAUAACAGCAUGGAUGCUAUGCUUAUUUGUAUGACGAGGUCAUCUUUUUUCUUCAAGUUCGAAAACAAUAUAUUCUCAUCUUAUUGUAGGAAAAUAUGGCUGCAUGUUAUCCUGUAUAUAUUUGCUAAAUUAUGUGCACCUUUUGAUACUGGCAAUCGUAGAGGCAA